UCGACGCAUAUGAUUGCAAAUUCAUAGCGCGCCUUUCUCCUUUUCUUCUUUUUCGCACAUUGACGAACCCCCGACGUUCCGCACUGAUCGUCGUCGACGGUUCGAAAAGGCGCUGCACGAAGGCGUGCGUGGAAAUACGAUUCCUAACCUCGUUAGAGCGAGCGAGCGAGCGAGCAAGAGAGAGAGAGAAGCGUCCUUCGAUUGGCUUCGAUCUUCGAUUUUGGCGCACGAUGUCUGCGACUGGACUCCCUCUCACCAUCGAAUUCGGGGGUGGGGCGGAGUUGCUGUUCGACGGGAGGAAGCGGCACGAGGUGGACCUACCUGGCGAGGAAUGGACGCUGAAACGGCUGCUGCGCUGGCUGCGGGAUAACCUUCUGACGGAGCGACCGGAACUCUUCAUGCAGGGCGACACGGUGAGGCCGGGCAUUCUGGUUCUAGUAAACGACGCCGACUGGGAAUUACUGGGUGAAGGCGAUUAUAAACUGUGCCCGCGGGACAGAGUACUCUUCAUUUCGACGCUGCACGGAGGAUAGAAGGUACGAAUUUCCAAUACUGAAAAUCUAGGAUAAGUGUGAUCCAUCUGAACAUUGUAGAUGGACUUUUUUGAUGUACAUAAAAUAUUUUAUACUUCAGACUGUUGCAUUCUAAAUGCAACAUGAGAAAAUAAAAUGUUUUUUUUUACAAAAUAUACAUUAGUUUCAAACAAUAA